CUGUAUACUGUCUUUGGUUCAAGGUUUGAUUUCGGUGACAGUGCUCCGCUCUAUCGGGUUUUGAGAGCUUGGAAUACAGGUUACUGAGGCGGACAGCCCCGCUGUAGAGAGCCAAGAUGAUGAACAUGUGGAAAGUCCGGGAAUUGGUUGAUAAAGCAACCAAUGUGGUGAUGAACUACUCGGAGGUGGAGACUAAGGUGAGGGAGGCCACCAACGAUGACCCCUGGGGACCUUCAGGACAGCAGAUGGCAGAGAUUUCCAGAUGUACGUUUAUGUAUGAGCAGUUUCCUGAGGUGAUAAACAUGAUGUGGAACAGGAUGCUCCGGGACAACAAGAAGAACUGGAGAAGGGUCUACAAGUCUCUGCUGUUGUUGUCCCACCUCAUCAGGAACGGUUCAGAGAGAGUUGUCACCAGCGCCAGAGAGCACAUCUACGACCUACGAUCUCUAGAGAGCUACCACUUCGUAGAUGAGAACGGUAAGGACCAGGGAGUGAACGUACGUCAGAAGGUGAAGGAGAUGGUGGAUCUGAUCCAGGAUGAUGAUAGACUGAGAGAGGAGAGGAAGAAGGCAAAGAAGAACAAAGACAAAUACAUCGGAGUGUCCUCUGACAGUAUUGGAGGAGGGUUCAGCAGAUACACGGGUGAUCGGUAUGACUCCAGCAGCUCUGGCGGUAAUGAGGGAAGCAGCAGAGGGAAGUGGGAUGAGGACUGGAAGAGAGACGGAGGCCAGUUCCCCUUCAGUGAGAAACUGGGGGAGAUCAGUGAUAAGAUCGGCAGCACCAUCGAUGACACAAUCAACAAGUUCAGGAAGCAGAGCAGAGACGAUUCACCAGACCGAUUCAGUGACAACGAGGAGGAGCGAAGUCGCCCGUCACGGAACGGCCAGUCUGGGAGGUCAGUGUUCAAAGACGAGGAGGAAACCGUGACGACCAAGAGUGUCCAGAUCGUUCAGGCAACAGAAACCACAGCAACCAGGAAGAGAGGCGGGGUUCCGUCCAAAACUGUGUCCCUGGGAGCUGCGGCCCACUACACAGGAGACAAGAGCCCCGAUACCUCUGCCAAACAGACUCCGUCUGCAGCAGCACCCCAGUCCUCCAGUAGUGGUCUGGCUGACCUAUUCAUGGUAGAUACAGGACCCAGCCAGCCUGCAGCAGCCACCGACCUGAUAGGAGGAUUUGCUGACUUUUCUUCUCCUGCUGCCUCUGUCGGCCUCUCCACAGUACCUGCCUCUAGUGGGAACAGUGAUUUUGGGGACUGGAAUGCUUUCCCUGACGGCCAGGCCCCCGUCCCCACCCCUUUCGCCCAGCCUCUGGCCCCUAGCAACACUGACCUGUUUGGGGCUCUGUCGGCCAGCUCUGCCCCGGCACCAGCCUCAGCUGACCUGUUUGAUCUGAUGGGUCCGGUCCAGACUCAGUCUCUCUCUGCCUCUCAGAGCCUCACCUUCAAUAUGACCAGCACACAGAACGUGACCAGUACCAUGCCACAGUCUACAUCAUUGCCCUUCCAGGUGAUGAGCGGUCCGUUGCAGCCCCAGCAGCAGCAGCAAGUCAUGCUGGGUACCCAGGGUUCCAUGGGGUCAGCGAUCCCCUCCACCUGGUCUGACUCCUCGGUCAAUAUCAGUCUGGACUUCCUGGCACCCGGCGUGCAGCCCCCCAAACCUGCCCAGCCCACCCUCAAAACACUCCAAGGAGUCCAGCCCCUCCCACCUGUCAACAUGCUCUCCCAGGGAUUCGCCGGCAUGGGCCUCGCCCCCUCUCCCAUCAGAACCCCUACAACUCCCAUGAUGUACCCCGGUGCUGGGCUGGGCAUGGCCCCCAGCCAGGGCAUGAUGGGGAUGGGCAUGGCCCCCAGCCAGGGCAUGAUGGGAAUGGGCAUGAACAUGGGUGCUAUGCCCCAGGCUAACAUGACCAUGGGGAUGAGGAUGCCAGCCAUGUCUAUGGGCUCUGGCAUGGUACAGCAGCAGCCCAAGCAAGGAGUGGACGCCUUCGCGGAUUUCGGCAACUUCAGGAAGUGAGGGAAGAGAAGGUGAAGGAGAGGGGUGUUUCUGUUUCUCUCCAUCCAACAGACUGUCCAUGAAGGAUUGUAAAGAGCUGCAAACAAAGAGUACUUGAAUGUUGUCAAAUAUCAAAUACUGACUGCCACCCCUCCAUUUCCUCUUUCUUUCCUUUAAGUGAUAUAUAGAGACAAUCAUGUAUAUUCAUGUAUGUGUCUUUUAAUCAGUUGGAACUUGCAAUCAAGUACCUUUUAGAGUGUAUUCAGUACAGUAAUGGUUGUGUGCUGUUCAGGUCUGAAUCAGAGAACAACUGAGAGCAAAAAACCCGGUGCCAGAAUAAUGCAGAGAUUUUUCACUUUAAAAUGUAUGCCAAACAAAAACCAAUGAUUGCAAAGUUAAACAACCCAGACAAUUCUAUGCACCAGGACGGCUUUUAAACUUGUAUGGUUUGUUUAACUUCUCAAUAAUAGUUUUUUGUUUGUAUUGCAUUUUAAAGCACCAUUCUGUUACCAUGGAAUUGUCCAGAUGAAACUUCAAGAGAAUGUCAAUGGGGGUUUUGCUUUACUUAAUCAAUUAAUUUUCCAGAGUAGCAAAAAUAUAGUUUUCUAUGAUAAUCCCACCCCAAUUACUCCCCAUCCAUCUCUUUUAGAAUGUCAGGUUAUCUCGACCUGUCCCUUCCCUACAACUGUAAAUAUUACUGGUGCGACAGACAAAUAAAUUAUUGAGUACUUGAUUAUGAUAUGAUGAUGCCGUGAAGAGGUGGGUGUCAAUUGGACGGAACCAGAUGUCAAUCAAGACGUUGCUAUGGUACGCUACAUUGCCAUGGAGCCGGUCUUUAAUACCUACUUUAUAUAACAGCGUUCCACACUCCAAAUGUGGAGUUUCUGUUCAAUAUUAGACUUAACAAAUCAAUCAAUCGUUUAUUGAUGGAUGGAUUUAAUAAGUGAAUGAAUGAGAAAUGAUUGAAAGUUGUUAAUUGAAGAAGCUGUGGUAACGAUAACACAGAUCUCCUUUGUGGCCUUUCUUAUGGGUAUAUAUUUUUUAAAGAACUAAUCUUUUUUUUCCUUGCAUCCAAAUAAGAUAAUCAGUAGAUGUAGGAACAACCUCCUGGUGGGCUGUGUUCUUUAAGUACAGCACAUGGUGCCUGUACGACGGAGGCCUUUUUCCUUCAUUAUAACUUACAGGAGACAGACGGAGAGACGAUACAACUAUAGUGUUCAUGACAGUUACUGGUAGUCUACAGCACAGUAUGUAUGUGUGGUUCUUACUGCUCCCUCUGUCCCCUGGGACCCUCGUGGAAUAGGGGGAAAGAUGUCCCCUGGGACCCUCGGGGAAGAUGUCCCCUGGGACUCUUGUGGAAUAGGGGGGAAGAUGUCCCUAGAUGCUGAUCUUGGGUCAGUUUUGCGUUUCCCUCCACUGAUGGUUUAGGUUAGGAUUGUGGGUGGGGAAGCUGAUCCUAGCUCUGUACUUGGGGGGGAAAUUCACCCCGGAGUGGAUCUCUGAAGGAGAGGUUUCUCAGACAGUGCAGGUCUAGGAGAGGAUUUCUCUUGGUUUUUUUUGGGGGGGGGGGGGGGGGGGGUCGUACAUCUCAUAUGGCACCCUAUACACUUUAUAGUGCACUACUUCCGACCAGAGCCCUUAGGACUUGGGUCAAAAGUAGUGCACUAUAUAGGAAAUGGGUACAUGUGGAAGUCAUGACCAUUUUACAAGGUCAGCGAGUACCUCACAUGUAAACUAGACUCCUCUGUUUCAGAGCUAUGUUCUCUUCCAGGAGUUCGGGUCAAUUCUGGAAGUACACUGAAAUUCCAGUUUUCUUGAAUGCUUUUCAUAAGGAAAAUGUUGAAUGUAGUUUACUUUCUAAAUUGACUGAAAUGGAAUUGACCCGAACCCUGCACAGAUAAACACACAGUAGCCUUCUGUCUGAGCUGAGGCUUUACCUGCUGGAAACGACCAAAAUGUAGCAACUCUUUUUCUAAGAGAUGAUGUCCUUAGGGGGUUGUUUUAUUCUUUCUCUGGUUUCAUUUUUUUCUACUUAUUACAAUUGUUCUGAGAUCUUCUGUAAUGUGGGAUUGUUACAUAAUAAAAACACUAGUUUAUGCAAAUGUAUAAAAAGAAAAAGUGACGCAUCACCAACGAAAAGAGCCUUGAGAAAAUGUUUUUGAUUUGAUUGUCCCAUGAUCCUUUUAUCUUCGGCAUUAAAACAGUUGAUUACAGUU